AUGAAGGUAUUUCAAGGAUUAUUUUUUGUUAUCGCCCUGGGUUUCCGGGUUUCUGCCUGGAUGUUCGAAGAUAAAGAGGGAAAUGCCGAAGAGGAACAGAUAGAUGGCCUUAACCGUGAACAAGUGGAUGCACGUAUGGCGAAAUUAUUUUCUUUUAUCGACGACAAUAAGGAUGGCGAGCUCACUAUGGAAGAGUUCGAAAGGUUUAACAGCCGUAACUUGCAACGCGUACAGAAUAUGCAAUUAGACCAGGAAAUGCAAAUGAUUGACAAAAAUAAGGAUGGGUUUAUAGAUUUUGAAGAGAUGACUAUCAGUUUUCCACCUGAGGAAGGUGCACCUGAAAAUUUUAUGGAUGGACUCAGCCGAAGGUUCAAGGUAGCAGACAAGGACUCCAACGGUAAACUUGACAAAUCAGAAAUGCACGCUUUACUUAACCCAGCACAUGACGAGGCUAUGCUUGAAUUAGAAAUCAGGGACAUAAUGCUGACCCAUGACAAGAAUGGUGAUGGUCUUAUUUCGGUCGAGGAGUAUGGGUCUUCCAAAAAUGAGGAAGAGCGUGAGGAAGAUUAUUUGGACGCCGAGUUUAAACCAUUUGAUUUGAAUGGUGAUGGUUUCUUAUCUAAGCAAGAAUUAAUAACCGCGUUUAAAGAGGAGGCCAAUGAGGGUCUUGACACCGACUUGGAGGACGUUCACGCCAUCGUCGGCGAGGGCCCUGUGGACUACGAUACAUGGAUGAAGCAUGCAUUGGAACUUUCCACUAGCUCCAUCACCGAUCACGGUGAGGUUUUGAGACACCCCGGCGAUUACGAUAUCGACUUCGGGGAGGAUGUCCGCGAUCGCAAGGCACAGAACGGCAGCAGCGAGUUUGCCAACUCUGAACUAUGA